UUUAGGACAUUUAUACUAACUUAAGUCUUGUUGUUUAAAAAUAUACACUAGAGUAUGUAUUGAUUAUAAAUCAAGUACCCAAGAGGUCAAACCAUAUCUAAUGUAAACAAUGAUAAUAUAUAUAUAGGGUUAAAUUUUAGAACAAGAUCAGUUGCAAAAGAUUUUUUUGGUUGAGCUUUUACAUAUAAAAAAGAAAAAGAAAAUGGUUAUCGCAAAAUCGUGGAAAAUUGCAAAGCUAUUUGAUGGAGUGCCCAAAGACGAAGAUUUACAGUUGGUGGAAGAAGACUUACCCGGGUUGAAAGACGGAGAGAUGUUGAUCGAGGCUGUAUAUCUGACUGUUGAUCCAUAUAUGAGAGUAAUGUUAGAAACGAACGGAAAAGUAGGAGAUACAAUGAUGGGUGAACAAAUAUCAAAAGUGAUUGACAGUAAAAACAAAGACUACCCAGUUGGAACAAUAGUUAGAACUCACUCAGGAUGGAGAAAUCGUACAAUUGUUACAUCAGAAGCUUGUCGUAGAAUGCCGGAACUUGGUGAUCUGUCAUUGUCCACAGCUCUUGGUGUUAUGGGUAUGCCUGGAAUGACAUCUUUUUUCGGUUUCCUGGAGAUAUGCAAACCUAAAGAAGGUGAAGUAGUUGUUGUCAGUGGGGCAGCUGGUGCUGUAGGCAGUUUGGUAGGACAAAUUGCUAAAAUAAAGGGUUGUAAAGUUAUAGGAUUUGCAGGAGACGAAGAGAAAUGUAAAUGGAUAAAGGGUUUAGGAUUUGAUUGUGUUUAUAACUAUAAGAAGGUUACAAUUAACGAUGCGCUGAAGGAAGCCGCACCAGACGGUGUAGACUGUUACUUUGAUAAUGUCGGAGGAGAAUUUACACUAAGUGUUCUUAAAAAUAUGAAAACUUUCGGUCGGAUGUCAAUUUGUGGACAAAUUUCGCAGUACAACGCUACUGAUAAAUUAAAAGCUCCUAGUUCAGGGAUUUAUUGUCACGAGAUGGUAUAACAGAUGGGCAGAAGGAGAGAAACAAAUGUCACAAUGGAUCAGAGAGGGUAAAAUAACAUACAAAGAAACAGUAACAGAGGGAUUUGAGAAUAUGUAUACAGCAUUCAGAGGACUUUUCAAAGGAUCAAAUACUGGCAAGGCCAUUGUCAAAUGUUGAUGUGUAGAUGUAAAAGCCUUCUGUUAUUGGACAAUGUAUCACCUUUUAAAAGUGUUUCCUUCGCCGAUUUUUAAAAGAUUACUUGAAUGUAUUUUUCUUGUUCAGUCCUCCAGAAUCAAUCUAUAUUGAACCAAAUAAAGGAAACAUUUCAAUGGAACUACAUCUUUUGAUUGACAUAAUACUAAAAAUCUCUGCAACCUUAAGUGUACAUCACAUGUUGCUCUGGAUAUGUUUAAUAUAUCAUAAAUCGUUUUUUUUUCUCUCAGUGGAAUAGAGAAACUGGACAGUGUCUAUGGUGCCUUAUUUUCAUUGUUCACUUUAUUUUAUUCUGUCAGAUCAUUAUAUUGCUUUCUGACUUUUAUUCCCGGUGAUAGUUUGGUCUGGCUCAUCACUCGUUCAUUUUUUCUAUAUGUACGAUGUCAUUAUAUAACAUCAGGCUCCUAUUAUAUUUAUUAAAAUAUAUCAAAAUAGA